UUCUCCUUCCAGGAAAAUGGCUGGGGGGCAUCCCUUGCUGAGAGGCUGGUCAGAAAAUGUGAUGUUGUGAACCGUGGGCUCUCGGGCUACAACACCAGGUGGGCUAAAUUGAUCCUUCCAAGACUGAUCAGUAAAAGUACUGGUGCUGAGAACACUGUUGCAGUUACUAUUUUCUUUGGAGCAAAUGACAGUGCUUUGAAAGAUCUGAACCCUAAGCAACAUGUUCCUUUGGAGGAAUAUGCUGCGAACUUAAAGAGCAUGAUACAGUAUCUGAAGUCCAUAGACAUUACUGAAGACAGGAUUAUUUUGAUAACGCCACCACCUCUUCAGGAAUCAGCUUGGGAAAAGGAGUGUCUUGCCAAAGGUGACAAAUUAAAUCGCCGCAAUGCCACCACCGGAGAAUAUGCCCAGGCCUGUGUUCAGGUAGCUAGGGACUGUGGAACAGAUGUACUCGACCUCUGGACACUGAUGCAAAAAAAUCAGGAUUUCUCUUCCUAUUUGUCUGAUGGGCUCCAUUUAUCAACAAAAGGCAACAGCUUUCUAGCAACACAACUUUGGUCACGCCUGGAAAAAAAACUGUCUGCUCUUCCUUCACUGCUUCCUUACUGGCGCGAGGUGGACCACGCCAACCCCGAGGCCAGCCUUCUGCACGAUCCCCUGCAGUAA